GCUCCUAUUAGAAUCCAGACCUUUCCCCCCCCUCCAAUCUUUCAUGCUUUUUUCUUUUUCUUUUCUUGUUUGGCCAUUUUUGGCCUCUGGCUUCCCUGCGCCACGAUCCCAACUCCGAUGAGUUCCGUUAUCACGAGCGACCUCGAGGCUGCGCUUCCAGCACCUGUCUUGCUAGGGAUCGGGGGAUAGUAUCCGAGAAAAAGGAGGCAUCCGCGGGAAAGGCUGCGGAAGCUCAGAAGACCGCAGAUCUCCGGAGAGGGAGGAGAGAGAGUCUCUCUCUCUCUCUGUCUCUCUGUCUCUCUGUCUCUCUCUCACACACACACACACACAUACACACACACACCCAAGCCAGGCAGGGAGCAUUGUGUGUGUGUGUGUGCGUGUGUGUGUGUGGAAAGUGGCUGUGUGUUUUUUUCCCCCACGGACGGGAUGGUGCUCUUGAGAAGAUUUGGGGUCCUGCUGGUCUUCGUGGGCGCUCUUUUCCUCUCCGCCGGGCUCGCUUGUGGACCGGGCAGGGGCUUCGGCAAGAGGCGGCACCCGAAGAAGCUGACCCCUUUAGCCUACAAGCAGUUCAUUCCCAACGUGGCAGAGAAGACCCUGGGGGCCAGUGGAAGGUACGAAGGCAAGAUCAGCCGCAACUCGGAGCGCUUCAAAGAGCUCACCCCCAAUUACAACCCUGACAUUAUUUUUAAGGAUGAAGAGAACACUGGAGCCGACAGGCUGAUGACACAGCGCUGCAAGGACAAGCUCAACGCCUUGGCGAUCUCGGUGAUGAACCAGUGGCCCGGCGUCAAGCUGCGCGUGACCGAGGGCUGGGACGAGGACGGGCACCACUCCGAGGAGUCGCUGCACUACGAGGGCCGCGCCGUGGACAUCACCACCUCCGACCGGGACCGCAGCAAGUAUGGCAUGCUGGCUCGCUUGGCCGUCGAGGCCGGCUUCGACUGGGUCUACUACGAGUCCAAGGCGCACAUCCACUGCUCCGUCAAAGCCGAAAACUCUGUGGCUGCCAAAUCGGGUGGCUGUUUCCCUGGAUCCGCCUGGGUGAACCUGGAGCAAGGAGGCACCAAGCUGGUGAAGGACCUCCACCCUGGCGACCGGGUGCUGGCAGCAGAUGUGCAGGGGCAACUGCUCUACAGUGAAUUCCUCGCCUUCCUGGACCAGGUGGAGCCCCCUGUCCGCAAGCUCUUCUACGUGGUGGAGACCCGACAGCCCCGGACACGCCUCUUGCUCACAGCCGCCCACCUGCUUUUUGUAGCCCCACCACAGAACCAUUCCAUGCCCCAGCCCGUUUUUGCAAGCCGUGUGCAGCCAGGACAACGGGUCUACGUGCUGGGCAAAGAGGGCCAGGCACUGUUACAGGCCGAGGUGCACAGUGUGUCCCUGCAAGAAGAGGCCUCGGGGGCUUACGCCCCACUGACCACUCAGGGCACUAUCCUCAUCAAUCAGGUGUUGGCGUCGUGUUAUGCUGUCAUUGAGGAGCAUAGCUGGGCCCAUUGGGCAUUUGCCCCUUUCCGAGUCGCUCAUGCUCUCCUGGCAAUGCUGUAUCCCAGCGGCCUCUCCUCCCCUGCCCUUUUCCCAGCUUCUGCGCCAGAGGAUGCCCCAGCCGGAGUCCACUGGUAUUCCCGCCUCCUCUACCACAUUGGCCGCUGGGUAUUGGAUUCUGAGAUGAUACACCCGCUGGGCAUGGCAAGCUGAGGGGGAUGGCUGUCUCUCCCCCACCUUUACCCAUCAUAAGAACAAAGAAUUAUCUUAUGUAAACUUCUUGGUGUUGUGAGCCGCUUAUUAUGGUUUCCCAUGAGAAAGUGGCGUACAAAUAAACAAUGAUGACGAUGACGAUGAAAAUAAUACAAAGGGGGGGAAACUAAGAUGAAGAAAAAGAAAGAAAGAAAGAAAGAAAGAAAGAAAGAAAGAAAGAAAGAAAGAAAGAAAGACAAUAAUAUAGUAGGAGAGUCCAAAGUAGGCUUUAAGGAACAGGAAGAGCCCAGGAAUUUUUCAGUUUAGUUGAUAUAUAUAUAUAAUUUUUAUUUCUAUUUUUUGUCUGUUUUAUUGUCUUGUUGUCCUCAUCUCCUGGAUAUUUAUUUGUUUGGUAUUUUGUAAUAGAUGUUUUAAAGAAUAUGAACCCAACUUUCAAGAGCCUUAAAUAGUUUCUUUGAUAAUUUAUUAUCAUGUGAACUGUACACUCACAGGGAGAAGAAAAUUAUUUUGUGAGGCCAAGCAAAAGUGCACAGAGUUCUAUUUUUCUAUGUGUGACACGUGUCCAGACUUUCCAAAAGAAAAACUUCCAUCCCUCCCAUCUACACAUUGCUUUGCUCUUUUCCAACAGCGAGUCUUGGAACAAAUGAAAGACAUACUCCACGGGGAGUGGGACUGGGUGGGGGAGGGAGGGGGUCCGUAAAUUAUAUUUUUAUACACAGAAUUGUAAAUUCAUUUUUUUUGAGAGAUCAAUACUUAACAGUCACAUUUCAUUUUUUUGAAAUAGUGUAAAAUACGAGAAUAUAUAUUUUAAUUUAAAUAGUAUCAAAUGUAAUGUCAGCUUCUGUGUCAUUUCUAAUUGUCUUUGAAAUAUUUUGCUUUGUAUAGAAAUAACAACAGCCCCUUUCGACCACACUCUUGGAACUCAAGACUGUUACACACACCUUAUUCAUUUGCAAAACUCUGGGGAGGUGGGGAGAAACUCUCUUAUUUUUACCUUCAAAAUCAAGAAGAAGAAAUUUAUGAGAAAUAUUUUUUAAAAAGCGCACAUGUUGGCUAUUAUGUGACAAUGGAGAAUAGUUUGUACAGACGGGAGGAAAGAAAGGAUGUUUUGCAUUAAUAAACUGAUAAAUAAC